AUACGUCUUUGACAGGAGUGAGCGUGGAUAUGUUUGUGUGCGAGUGAAUGUGUGGUUCCGAGUGACGUGUAUAUGUUGUGCCUAUUCAGGUGAAGGUAGAUUUUUAAUGAUGCAUUGUGUUUAAUAGCAGCAGUACUCCAUACAUUGUUUGUGACGUCACCACACAUCUACUGUAGACAAAAUGGUUUUGAUGACGAUGAUAGCAAGGCUGUCAGAUGGUCUACCGCUGUCAGCAUCAAUGCAAGAAGAUGAACAGUUUGGGAGAAGCAUUCUUGAGUACCAGAACCAAGCGAAAUUAUUAUUCCGCAAGUUAAACAGCCAUAGUUUGGAGCGUUGCACGAUCGAAACAGGACCAUAUGUUUUCCACUAUCUUAUCGAAAAUGAUGUUUGUUACUUGGUAUUAACUGAGCGUAAUUUCUCAAAAAGACUGGCUUUCUCGUACUUAGAAGACCUAGCGCAAGAAUUUCAUGCUCAGUAUGGGAAGAGAGUUAAUGUUGUGCAAAGGCCUUACACUUUCAUUGAAUUUGAUACAUAUAUGCAAAAGGCUAAGAAAAUGUUUACUGAUGCGAGAACACGCCGUAACCUUGCUGCACUUAACACAGAGCUACAGGAUGUUCAAAGAAUUAUGGUGCAAAAUAUAGAUGAUGUUCUGCACAGGGGUGCAGUAUUGUCUGAUUUGGAUACAAAAGCAAUGAACUUACAGCUACAUUCCCAAAAAUAUAAGAAAGACGCCACUCAUUUAAAUGCAAAAUCAAUGUAUGUGAAAGCUUUUGGUGUUUGUGCUUUGAUUUUCCUUGUGAUAUGUUAUAUCUAUAUACUGUAAAAGUUUACAUACAAUUAUUUGUGCAAUAGAUUAUACCGAAUACCCUUCAGAUUGAAUAUGUAUUCUGUUGUUAAUAAAUAAUUUUUCACUGUGA